AUGGCAUCAUCGCUUUCUCGGUGGCUGGUCGACCCAAAGAAGAACCCUCUCGCCGCCAUCCACAAAAAGACUGUCUCCAGCCGCCUUCGCAAAUACGGGCUUCGAUACGAUGAUUUAUAUGACCCAAAAUACGAAUUGGACGUUAAGGAGGCGCUGAAUCGGCUCCCGAGAGAGAUCGUGGAUGCGAGGAAUCAGCGCCUCAAGCGCGCUAUGGAUCUCUCCAUGAAGCACGAUUACCUCCCCGAAGACCUCCAGGCUAUGCAGACACCAUUUAGAAGCUAUCUUCAGGAAAUGUUAGCUCUUGUAAAGAAAGAACGAGCUGAACGUGAGGCUUUGGGCGCUUUGCCCCUCUAUCAGCGCACAAUUCCAUGA